ACUGAUGUCCUACAAGGCCAUCCUCUGCUACUUAUGAGGCUGGAGCCAUGGAUCCCUCCAUGUGUACACUUUGGAAUGCUGAUUUGAGAUUGACAAGAAAAAACACCAUCUCAGUGGAUAUCAGUUGAAUUUCUGAAAGAGUAUCGUUUCUGAUCUAGAGGAGUUGUUGAUGACUAAUGUUGAAGAAGCUUCGCUAAACAACCUGAAGGCACUGAAACAUUUUCAAGAACCAGAAAAAAAUUCUCUGUGAAGUCUGGAGCUCAAGUGUAAUGGGAGCUACAGAAGUACUUACUUCAUACUGUGUUGUCUUAUGCCUCCUCCAGAUGGUAGCACUGAGUUCAGGACACUUUACAGUGAUUGGCUCACAGAGGCCCAUAUUGGCUACAUUGGGUGGAAAUGUAGAACUCAAUUGUCAAUUGUCCCCACCACAACAAGCACAACACAUGGAGAUUCGCUGGUUUCGGAACCGUUAUACACAACCUGUGCACCUAUACCGUAAUGGUAAAAACCUACAUGGAGAAACUAUGUCUAAGUAUGUAGAACGGACAGAACUCCUGACUGAUGCCUUUAAUGAGGGGAAAGUGAUCCUCAGGAUUCUUAAUGUAACUGUUGAUGAUGGUGGUGCAUACCACUGUGUCUUUAAAGAUGGUGAAUUCUAUGAAGAGCAUAUCACAGAGGUCAAGGUCACAGCCACAAGCUCAGACAUACAGAUUCUCAUGCAUACGCCUAAUAUUAAAGGUGUGAUGUUGGAGUGUCAUUCAGGCGGUUGGUUCCCACAGCCUCAUAUGGAAUGGAGAAAUAGCAAAGGAGAGGUCAUUCAAGCCACAUCAAAAUUCCAUUCACAGGAUAAAAACAAAUUGUUCAACAUGUCAAUGGUUCUUUUUAUUGAAGCCAGCUCUCACAGGAAUGUCAUUUGCUACUUUCAAAACCUUGUAACUCACCAAGAACAAAGCAUAAAUAUUGUUCUAUCAGGUGAACUGUUUUCAUGGAAAAUUGUUUGGAUAAUGAUUCUGAGCACAAUAUCAUUUGUGAUGAUAGAUUUCUGCAUGACUUACUGUGUUCAGCAACAGCUCAUACAUGAAGAGUCACUGUCUACCGUGGACAAUGAUCAGUGUGAGUCUGAUCAAUCUGAGGGUACCUGCUACAAGAGAAAUUAUCCUUGGAUUAUUAUUGCAGUGGUACCCAUAAUUUCAGUGUUUGCAAUCAUAGGAGUCAUGCUCUUUUUGCAUCUAGAACAAAGAGUUACAAUUCUAGAACAACAUUUUGAAUUGGACACCUUGUGGUUGGAAGAUAUUAGUGUGAUCCUGUGUGUGGUGAUAGUGUCCAACAUCAAUCUCAUACCUUUGAUAUACUUCAGAUUGCAUGAACAUGUACCUAGAUUCAAAGACCGUUCCCCAAUAUUAAACAAAGCAGUGGUAUUCCUGCAUUUCAUUUAUUUCUCAAUCGUAUGUGGAACAAUCCUUCUUGUGCAUCUGCAAUUACGUAACAAAGUUUCUAUUUCAGAUUCCUUAUUUUCCUUGUACAACAGCUGGCUGACAGAUAUUUCAAUGAUUUUAGGAUUUCUAUUGUCAAUUUUCAUUGUUACAACCAUUGCAAAAUCAUCAUUAUUUAAUAAAAAGUGGUGCAUUGGACUGUGCAUUCACAUGAAGGAAGCAGAAGCAACUGGAGGACCCUGUGAAGGAGAAGAAUUGUAGCAGCUAGAAGAGUUGAAGACAUCAGGAAAACAUGCCACACAAUUAACCACACAGGGCUAGUGGGGGCUCACAGAGACUUAAGGGGAAAUUAUAAAGCCUUAAUGAGUCUGCACUGGGACCUCUGAAUAUAUGUUGUGGUUGUUAGGCUUGUUCUUCUUGUGAGAGUCUUAACAAUGGGUGUGCGUACAUGUUUGUGCAUGUGCAUGUAUGCAUGAGUGUGUGUGGGGGGGGCAUUUCUGACUAUUUUACCUGCCUUUGGAAUCAUUUUACAUCAUACGACCUUGGUAUGAGGGUCUGUGCCUAGUAUUGUUAAAUGUAUUUCUUUAGGUGCUUCUUAGCCAUUAGGUAUUCCUCAGUUGAGAAUAUUUUGUUUAGCUCUGUACCCCAUUUUUAAUAGGGUCAUUUGAUUUUCUGGAGUACAGCUUCUUGAGUUCUUUAUAUAUAUUAGAUAUUAGCCCUCUAUCAGAUGUAGGAUAGAUAAAGAUCUUUUUUCAAUCUUUUGGUUGCCAUUUUGUCCUAUUGCCUUACAGAAGCUUUUUAAUUUUAUGAGAUCCCAUUUGUUGUUUCUUGAUCUCAGAGCAUAAACCAAUGGUGCUCUGUUCAGGGAAAUUCCUCUGUGCUCAUGGGCUCUUUCCCACUUACUCCUCUAUUAGUUUUAGUGUAUCUGGUUUUGAGGUCCUUGAUCCACUUGGACCUGAGCUUUUUAAAAGGUGAUAAGAAUGGGUUCAUUUGCAUUCUUCUACAUGCUGACCUCUAGCACCAUUUGUUGAAAAUGCUGUUCCCCUCCCCCACUGGAUAGCUUUAGCACCUAUGUCAAAGAUCAAGUGACCAUAGGUGUGUAGGUUAAUUUCUGGGUCUUCAAUCCUAGUCUAUUGAUCUACUUGCCUGUCUCUGUACCAGUACCAUGUAGUCUUUUUAUCACUAUUGCUCUGUAAUACAGCUUGAGGUCAGGGAUGGUGAUUACACCAGAAGUACUUUUAUUGUUGAGAAUACUUUAUGCUAUCCUGGAAGCAACUAAAGAAAUGUUCAACAUCCUUAGUCAUCAGAGAAAUGUAAAUCAAAACAACCCUGAGAUUUCAGCUCAUACCAGUCGGAAUCACUAAGAUCAAAAACUCAGGUGACAGCAGAAGCUAGCAAAGAUGUGGAGAAAGAAGAACAUUCCUCCAUUUCCAGAGUUGUCUGGAAAUCAGUCUGGUAGUUCCUCAGAAAACUGGACAUAGUAUUACCUAAGGACCCAGCUGGUAUAGGAGUGGUAUACUCCUGGCCAUAUACCCAAAAGAUUCUCCAACAUAUAACACUAUGUUCAUAGCAGCCUUAUUUGUAAUAGCCAGAAGCUGGAAAGAACCCAGAUGUACUUCAACAGAGGCAUAGAUACAGAAAAGGUGCUAUAUCUACACAAUGGAGUACUAUCAGCUAUUAAAAACAAUGAGUUUAUGAAAUUCUUAGGCAAAUGGAUGGAACAAGAAAAUAUCAUCCUGAAAGAGGUAACCCAAUCAUAAAAAACAAACAAACACAGCAAAAAACCAAACCAAACUAAAAACAAAAACAAAAACGAAUAUGGUAUUCACUCAUUGGUAAGUGGAUAUUAGCCCCAAAGCUUGGAAUACCUAAUAUACAAUUCACAGAACAGAAGAAGCUAAAAAACGAAGGAAGACCAAAAUGUGGGUGCUUUGUUCCUUCUGAAAAGGGGAAUAAAAUACUCACAGGAGCAAAUACAGAAACAAACUAUGAAGCAGAGACUGAAGGGAAGGCCAUUCAAAGGUUGCUCCACCUGGGAAUCCAUCCUAUAUAUAGCCAACAAAUCCAGACACUAUUGUGGAUUCCAAGAAGUUCAAGCUGACAGGAACCUGAUAUAGCUGUCUCCUGAGAGGCUCUGCCAGAACAUGACAAAUACAGAGGCUGAUGUUUGGACUGAGCAUGCGCUCCCCAGUGGAGGAAUUAGAGAAAGGACUGAAGGACAUGAAGGGAUUUGUAACUCCAUAGAAAGAACAAUAAUAUCAACCUACCAGACCCCCCCCCCCCCAGCUCCUAGGGACUAAACCAUCAACCAAGGAGCACACAUGGAGGGACCCAUGCCUUGAGCUGCAUAUGUAGCAGAGCUUUGUCCAGCAUCAAUGGUAGGAGAAAUCCUUUGUCCUUUGAAGGCUCAAUGCCUUAGUGUAGGGAAAUUCAAGGGUGGAGAGAAGAGCAUGGGUGGGUAGGUGGGGGAACAUAGAAGCAGGGGACAGGUGAUGGGUUAGGGGAUUUUGUGGGUAGAGAACUGGGAAAAUUGAUAAUAUUUGAAAUGUAAAUAAAGAAAAUAUCCAAUAAUAAAAUUU